CAAAGUGUUCUUAGUUCUACCACGUUUUUUCUUUUCAGACAACUACCUCAAAGUAUUCUCUGCUUUUAUGGACUAAAUUGCCCUUCCAUUGAAGCAAAAGCAAGCUCAAGUUGCAAUUGCGUGCUUCUGCUUCCACAAUCCUUCAAUUCAGCUUUUCAUUUGCAUGCGCAGUUGGAUAUCUCUAGGGUUUGGUGGUCACGGAUCAAAUAAGCUGAGGCUAAGUUUUGGCAGGUGAAGAGAAUGAUCCUCGCAAAGCAGUACCGAUGCAUACAUUCAGCUAGCUGUCAAUGCACUAAAGGACAUUUAACUGAAGAUGUGAUAUUCUUAGUAUUUUAUCAUUUGAAUUGGAAUCCAAAGCUAAUUGCUGCUCUGUCAUGUGCAUGCAAAUGGUUUGAUGAUUUUGCCAAACGAGUUCUGUGGAAAGAGUUUUGUCGAACAAGAGCUCCAAAAAUGAUGCUUGAUCUGCAGUCUAGCGGGAGUCACAGUGUUGAUGGGAACUGGAGAGCCCUAGGGAAGCUGCUUAUCUACUGUGCAGGAAGCAAAAAAGGUGGUUUGUUUACCAACAUUCACAUUCCUGGUCAUUUUGUUUAUCAGACACGGUUUUCUAGAACAUCUGGAAGGAGCUUUCUCUUGCCACAAUGCAGAACUGAUGUUUUGUAUGUAUCUGAUCCUUGCGAGCAUCUGGACCAAGGUGAAGAGGGGGACAUAGGGUUCUUCCGAGGAGUUUUUAAGUCAUUUUCAGCUUCAAAGGUCAAGAAAAUGCUUAUCAAGAAAAGUGCCAAGUUCCAUCCAACAGAAGUCUGUCCUUAUUGUAAAGCAAAGUUGUGGAACAUGCUGCAAGCCAAUAUGAUUCCUCAAAGUGCUAGUUGCAGGUUGGGUUCCUAUGAAGAUUGUGUCGAGUAUUAUGUAUGCCUAAAUGGUCACAUGCUUGGCUUCUGCACCCUGUUACCAUUGUCUGAUUCUGAAGAAGCAUCUGAGUUGGUGUAAUAUAAAUCAUUCUCUGCUAUUUUCUUGUAUCUGUAAAACACAACUUUCUCUCCUGUUUAUGUUUUCUUUUUUUAUUUCAAUAUAAAAUGAAAAUUGAGGCUGGAAAGUUAUUUGUCCAUACAAGGGUAAUUUUUCUGUCACUUUCUAUAAUUCAGAGACCAUUAUUCAU